CAAAUAAUCAAUGUUCAACCAAUACCAUGAAUCCAUGAUGAUGAAUAAGUAAGAUUGUUUCACGAUGAACCAGGACAGGUAGUCCAACAAUUAAGAAGGGAAGAUUGAAUAAGAAAUAAGGGGAAAAUGUCUGCAACUGUGAAGGACAUGGUGAUGAGGUUGACAAGUCAUGUAGCUGCUAAAAGAGUGGUACUGUUGAAGCACAAGUAUGUAGAUCACACUCAGAUUGAUUUUCUUAGAGGGAAUAAUUACCGUAAAGCGUCGGUUCAUUUGAACCGGUCGUGCAGUCGAGUUCAGCUCGCUCGCUGUCAGGAAGUAUUGCAAUUCAGUGCAAAUGGAUUCACCAACCUCAAGCCCGAGAAAGGAAAGCGACAGCUUGGAAGCUGGUCCAGAUCACAAGCCAUCCUAACCCCGGUUUUAGACCCGACUCCAACCAUGAAGAAGUAGCUAUAGUUGUUCUGUUUGUCCUUUUGAGAAGGUAAUU